AUAAUAUUAGGUGCAUGGGCCAUUUAUUUUACGACUAUUUUCGGACUAAAGUCCUAUAUGGCAUCAAGAACAGCUUUCAGCCUUAGAUAUAUUACGGCAGCACAUAAUUUGUUCUUAUGUGUUUGGUCAGCUGGAAUGUUUAUAUAUGCAGUUAUCGAUUUUAUUGAUAGAUGGCAGACACGUGGAUUACCUGAAUGUUUUUGCACAUCAGAUUCUUCAUCACUUUCCGGUCGUUUAUUCUACAACACUUAUAUUUAUUAUCUUUCAAAAUUUUAUGAAUUGUUUGAUACAGUAAUUUUGGUAUUAAAAAAGAAACCUUUGAUUUUUCUGCACUGGUAUCAUCAUGCUAUCGUGAUUACGAUGGUAUGGUUAUGGUUAGAAGAGGCAAAUAUGUAUUCGACGUAU